UUCCAGCAUGGCGAGCCCCACGGAUAAUAAUGAGGGCUUCUUCUCAGAUGUCAGGAAGGUGGGUUACUUGCGCAAACCCAAGAGCAUGCACAAGCGCUUCUUCGUGCUGAGGGCAGCCAGCGAGUCCGGACCCGCCCGGCUGGAGUACUAUGAAAAUGAAAAGAAGUGGAGGCACAAGUCGGGGGGCCCCAAGCGCUCUAUCCCGCUGGAGAGCUGCUUCAACAUCAACAAGAGGGCAGACUCCAAAAAUAAGUACCUUGUGGCGCUCUACACUAAGGACGAACACUUUGCCAUUGCUGCUGACAGCGAGCCUGAGCAGGAGAGUUGGUACCAGGCUCUGCUACAACUGCACAACCGGGCCAAGAGCCACCAGCACCACCACCAUCAUCACCACCACCACCACGGGGAUGUCACCAUGGGUGGUGGAAGCAUUGGGAUAGGAGAGGCAGGGGAGGACACCUACGGUGAUAUGGCUCCUGGCCCAGCAUUCAAGGAAGUUUGGCAGGUGAUCUUGAAACCCAAGGGUCUGGGCCAGACUAAGAAUCUGAUCGGCAUCUACCGCCUGUGCCUAACCAACAAGACCAUCAGCUUCGUCAAGCUGAAUUCUGACGCGGCAGCUGUGGUCCUGCAGCUGCUCAACAUCCGGCGGUGUGGCCACUCGGAGAACUUCUUUUUCAUUGAGGUGGGGCGUUCCGCGGUCACCGGACCAGGUGAGUUCUGGAUGCAAGUAGAUGACUCUGUAGUAGCCCAGAACAUGCAUGAGACCAUCUUGGAGGCUAUGCGGGCCAUGAGCGAGGAGUUCCGGCCCCGUAGCAAAAGCCAGUCUUCUUCCAACUGCUCCAACCCUAUAUCGGUGCCUCUCCGCAGCAGGCACCACGUCAACAACCCCCCACCCAGCCAGGUGGGGCUCAGCCGUAGGUCCAGGACUGAGAGCGUGACAGCUACCUCUCCGGCUGGCAGUGGUGUGGGAGGAGGGACAGGGGGCAAGCCCAGCUCUUUCCGCGUCAGAGCCUCCAGUGAUGGAGAAGGUACCAUGUCCAGGCCAGCUUCGGUGGAUGGGAGCCCAGUUAGCCCGAGCGCCAACCGGACCCACACGCACCGGCACCGCGGCAGCUCUAGGCUCCACCCCCCUCUCAACCACAGCCGCUCCAUCCCAAUGCCUUCCUCGCGCUGCUCCCCAUCUGCUACGAGCCCGGUCAGCCUGUCGUCCAGCAGCACAAGCGGCCACGGCUCCACCUCGGACUGCCUCUUCCCGCGUCGCUCCAGUGCUUCUGUCUCUGGCUCCCCCAGCGACGGGGGCUUCAUCUCGUCCGACGAGUAUGGAUCCAGUCCCUGUGACUUCCGCAGCUCCUUCCGCAGUGUGACCCCUGAUUUUCUAGGACACACCCCACCUGCCCGGGCAGAUGAGGACCUCAGCAACUACAUAUGCAUGGGAGGGAAGAUGGCUUCAUCCUGCUGCAGCAUCGCAGCUCCUAAUGGUCACUUCACCCCCCGCACUUGCCACCUUCAACAGCAGCAGACCCGCUGCCCUGGUGCCCCCUGCUGCCCCCGGCUUGGCGGUGAGGAUGUGGGUGAUCCUGAGAAAGGCUUCAGGAAACGGACUCAUUCAGCUGGUACCUCCCCUACCAUCUCCCACCAGAAGACUCCCUCGCAGUCUUCAGUGGCCUCCAUUGAGGAAUAUACCAAGAUGCUCCCCUCUUAUUCCUGUGGUGGCAGCAGGCUCUCCUCCUAUCGACAUUCUGCCUUUGUACCAACCCAUUCUUACCCUGAGGAGUGUCUAGAGAUGCAUCAGGUGGAGGGCAACCACCACCGGACCAACUCUACCCCACACACUGAUGAUGGCUACAUGCCAAUGUUGCCAGGAGUGGCCCCAGUCCCCAAUGGUGGUAGUACUCCCAAAGGUGGUGAUUAUAUGCCCAUGAGCCCUAAGAGUGUGUCUGCCCCACAGCAGAUCAUCAACCCUGGGAGAGGAGGCCGUCAUGUACAGGCCACGGUGGACUCUAAUGGCUACAUGAUGAUGUCUCCCAGUGGCAGCUGUUCUCCAGACAGUGGUUCUGCUGCCUACAGCAAAUUAUGGAUGAACGGGACUAGCCACCACCCCAAGCUCUCCGUGGAGAGCAACGAGGGGAAGCUGCCAAGUGGUGGGAGCGAUUACAUCAACAUGUCUCCAGCCAGUGGAUCUGCUACCAGCACCCCUCCAGAUUGCUACUUCGCCAGCUCAGGACCUCCAGGCCCAGAAGAGCCAUCUGUGCAAGGACCCACCCGGUCCCACCACAAGCCCAUCUACUCCUACUUCUCCCUGCCACGUUCCUUCAAGCACAUGCAACGCAGGACAGGCGAAGAGGGAAAUGCCCAAAUGCGGGUAUCCUUCAGCUCCGGCCGCUUGCUCUACGCUGCUGCCGAGGACUCCUCCUCCUCCACUAGUAGCGACAGCCUCGGUGGCCCUGGGGGACAGGAGGGUGUGGGGUAUGCCCUUCCCGCGCAGACACAGCCAUUGCAGCCUGCUACUCCUUGUACUGCGGAUGCGGCUGUGCGGACCAAGAGCCGCCUGGCCAGACCUACCCGGCUGUCCUUGGAUGGUCCAAAGGCCAGCACUCUGCCUCGGGCUCGGGAACAGCUCCCAGAGCCCAAAAGCCCUGGUGAGUACGUGAACAUAGAGUUCAAGCAACCGGCCUUCCCAUCACCUUUGCCCCAUGGAGAUGCUGGCUCCAGCUCAGAGGAGUAUAUGAAUAUGGACUGGGGGGCAGCCUGCCCAGCUACCUUGGCAUCCAUGCAGCCAAGCCGGGCCGGGGCAGCUCCCCCCGGUGGCCGAGACUAUAUGAGCAUGCAGCUGGGCAACGGGGGGCAGUAUGUAGUGUGUGCCCACAUCCCCUCGCCUCCCCCUCCUGCCCUUCUGCUCAGCUACGCUGACAUGAGGAUGGGUCACGGCAGGCCGGAGAAAAGCCCCCCGCCUGUGGGGCUGCCUUCCCCACACCCCCAGGCGCAGCCGGGGGAGCUGCCGGCCGUCUUGCCCCACUCCUGCUCCUCGUCCAUGAUGGGGCCCCCGGGGAUGAGCAGCGCCUUCACGCACGUCAGCCUGAGCCCCAGCCGCAGCAGCCAGAGUGCCAAAGUGAUCCGCGCCGACCCGCAGGGAGGCCGGCGCCGCCACAGCUCCGAGACAUUUGCUUCCUCCACUACGCCCGGCGGUGGCCUCGGUGCCUCAGCCCUGCCCCACGGACCAGGAGGAGGCUCCGAGGACGCCAAGCGCCACAGCUCAGCCUCCUUCGAAAACGUCUGGCUCAAGCCUGGAUCUGGGGAGCCGGGGGCAUUCCCUGGCCUUGGCACGGCGGCGUUGAGGAGGGAGCAGGCAGCUGGCGGGGCUGGGGGUGGCGUGGAGAAUGGGCUCAAUUACAUCGACCUGGACUUAGUGAAGGAUUUUAAUCACCGCCAGCACCACCACCCCCACCCUCAGGAGAGCGCUUCUCUGCUAGGGGUCAAGCAGCCGACACAGCAGCAUCAGCCACCUAAAUCUCCUAAUCAGCCUUGUGGGAGUAGCCACUUGGGUGAUGAAUUAAGUGCAUAUGCCAGCAUCAGCUUCCACAAGCGGGAGGACAUCCAGUAGCUGGGCAAGAGCCAGAGACAAGAUCGAUGACCUAUACAACCUCAGAAAAUCCUUCUUGGAACUCAUGAGUAUCCAGACUCUGUUUUGUGUAUCACAACUAGGACCUCACACCUUCUCCCCCGGUAGAUGGGUACGAUGCAUCCAGUUCAAUUUGUUUACUUUACACAAACCUCAGGAGUUAGUUGACUGAACUGCACAUUCUUCUUUUACUUCUUAUUCUUUUUUUUUUUUUGUGCCAAGCAAAAGCACUGUGACACCUGGACAAUGAGUCUAUGAUUACUUACUCCUCUACCAUAAAGACUUAGCUGGCUACAGUGAACUCAUGUGCCCAGCCACUUUAAAAAUGGUGAGAAUGGGCAUGCUACUAGCUCAUUUACAUAAGACAUGACAUUUUAAUUUGCUGCUGAAAAAAUCUGUACGACAAAUCAUCAGUGUAAAUUAUUACAUACAAACUGUUAAUGUUGGUUGAAGAGUAUUGAAUAUUUAACAUAGGUUUUUGAUUUAUACAUGUACUUUUUUAAUUAAAAAUGUAACUUUUCCUACAGCACAUCUUUUUUUGAUGUGGAACUGAGGUAUACUAUAUUCUGUUGUAAACAGAGUGGGGUUGGGGUGGGGGAAACUGUUAAAAAACAAGGCAAUUUAAGAAUAGAGUAGGGUACUAUUCUUUUUAAGAUUGUAAUUCAGAAUAUAAUAUAAUAUGGAUCAGUGGGCCCGUGGAUCUGGAUUGUACAGUCAUAUUUACCAAUCUAAUGAUUUGUAAGAUAACCCUGUGACUGAGCUGAAUUCUUUCAAAAAUAAAAUAAUAUUUUGUAUUGUUCCUGUAAAACAUUAGGCUGUAUUAAUGAAAAGGCAAAAUGAACUGUGCAUGGUAUUUACAAGUGUGGGUUUUUUAAUUGUUGGUUGCACAGGAACUUUGAAAACAUCAGAAAAACAAAUCUAAGUCUUCCAUUGUAUAUAUAUAUAGAAGAAGAAGAAAUGAAACUUGGGCGAACUCUUUAAAUCAGAAUAUCCCUGGAAUGAAUUACGUGGGUGUUUGUAAAUUCUGGAAAUCUCUUUCUAUACAUAAUAAACUAGAUACCGUUUUAUCUUUAUUUCUCUUACUUACUUUGUUCCCCCUCCCCUAAAAAUGUAUCCCUGUACUUAAUAUAUAUAAUAAGGUAUCUUCACAUUCUCUGUGGUGGGGUCUGGUCCUUACUUUAGAAUAGAUAUUUUGAAUGUACUUGUGUAAUGAGAUCUCUCAAUAGAAAAACCACAUCUCUAUAGAAUUUCACCCAUACUUUGGAAUUUAUGUUUACUCACUGAUAGAUUGAGGUCCUUUUCUAUUCCAUUAACUGAGAAUUUUGCAAUGUUUUCAGUGUUAGGAAGACCUUCCCAUAACUUUAAAAAGCAAAACAAAAUAAAAAUAUUUCCUUCCUUUCGUGUGCACGCAAGUUGCACUCUUCUUCAGAUCACAUGAAAGCUCAUACCAAUGGCAAACUUAGUUGGUCUCUAAGGUGCUACUGGAAUGAAUUUUUUAAUUUUGUUUUGACUACGCCAGACCAACAUGGCUACCUUGUUGUUGUUGUUUAGUUGUUUAGCCUGUGGCUAUCUACUCCGAACUAAGUCCUAUGAGUGUAGUGGGACAUGCUCUUAUGUAAGAGUGUUUAGGACAGCAGCCUUAAUUUCCCUUUUAUCAUUGAAACAGAAAACUAUUGUGCUGAUUAUUUUAUUUUCACAGUGAACUACCCUCAAGUCUCAUGGGUCGUUAUACCACAAGAAUAGGAGAAACAAGUGAAUUGGAUGUGAAUUGAGUCCAGUUUGAAAAUCUAAGAUAGACAAACCUUAAUAGAGAUACUGUAAUAACAGCAUUUACGGAGCAUAUUGAUUGAGAUUCACUUUCUGCUAAUGUAGCACUCAGGAAACAAGUUGGAACAUUUCUUUUAUCAGUCUUUGCAAACUAUAGCUCCUAAUUAUUUGAAUAGGGCAUGCACAGGAAACCUUUAUGGUAGAUUGAUUCCCUUCUUUAACCUGAUAUACCCCUGCCUCCUCCCGCCAUAAUUUGGGCCUCAGAUGUUUUCAGCAGUGUUCUCCACCGGUAAUUUCUGUAGUGCAACUAUAGUGAAUUUCAGCAGUAAGAAUACACAUACAAAGAGCAACGGGUUUAUUUAUUUUGCCAUGACUCUUCAGAUGGCAACAUUCUGCUUCAUCAGGGUAUGCCCUCAUUUUUUGUUCAUUUUUGAAAAAUAUUUCACAACUGUAUGCAUUUCUGGAGGCUUCUCCUAUUAGCACCGUGCAACACGUCAUCAGAAUUCGUGGGGUGGAAAAGUUCCAACAGAAAUCGGGAAUACCAAACAUUGCACAUCCUGUAACCUUGGAGUUCUCAACCUUUUUUGGGAAGCUGUAAUGGGCACCAAGAAAUGCCCAUUCCACAUGUUGUUCAACGUGUUCAGAACACCCCUCCCCACAAACCAAAUACCCACUCCAAAACCAAAAAGGAGACAGCCAAAAAGCGGGUAACACCCCCAAAACUUGCAUAACAUUCCCAAGCAAAACUAGGCAAUGCAUCCCACAAACAAAAGAAAAGAAGAACCAAACACCAUAAGUAAACACCACAACCAAACGACCUUUACCAAAAGCAGUUAGUUAGAACACACCAGUCAGAGGCAUUCCGGGGAAAGCGAAGUAAGGUGUUGUGUCUGGUUGCUUUCAUUUGGCUUUUGAGCCAGCCCCCCAUGUUUUUAAAAAACUUUUCUAACCCCCAUUCUUAAUAUUAAAACCUGGGAGGGGCAUGAUGGGUGCUAAGAGGGAUAUCUGAGGACACUGCUGUCUAUGGACAUCACACCAGGGACCUGAGAUACUGCAUGUAGCUAUGGUUUCUUCCUCAAGUGUGGUCUGGUGUUCUCAAGAUGUUUUGGACCACAACUCCCAUCCUUCAGGUAGCCAUGUUUGCCUCCAAGCCUAUCACUUGAUGCACAUACAUGAUGAGCUUUUGAGAGUCAAGCCCUAUAAUACAACAUUAUUCCAGCUGGAAGGAAUGUAACUGCUGGAAGGAAUGUAACUGCAAUAACUACCAGAAGAGCAGUGUAUCUAUGGCGCAUAUCUGAUUGAACACCACUUGUUGGGUAGAGACUGCCAUUAAACCACCUUACUGAUUGCUUCAAAAAUAAAAGAGGGGGAUGCAUCAGCCACAAUCUUUACCCAAUAAUAAAUUAAGGAUCUAGGGUUUGAUUCUCUAAUAAGUAUGCUGAUAAGAAAAGAAUCUGAACAUAAGAUUUGGUAUUGUAGAAGAAUGCUCAUGAGAAGUACCUUUUUCCAUUAAGUGGGUUUCAUUUUUACAAAAUAUUAGUUUAGGCUUAUAUUUGGCAACAACCCACUUGCAGUAUGUGCGGUGGUAGCGAUGAAUGCCGUUGAUACCUUUGUUUGCUAACAAGAUCUAGCACCAAGCUCUAAUGUCCAAAGUGCAGAAGGAUACUCCAAACUUUAGUUAGAGGAGUUCUAGAGCAACAUUGCAUU